UUCUUUCUCUCCUCCCUUCUUCUUUUCUAUCAUUUCCAACUCCGGUCAUCAACUUCUUCAUCGGCCGUCGCUUCUCCCCUGUCUCCGGCAAUCUAGCCAUUCCGAGUGGCCUCUUCAAGGAAUCUCACCAUUAUCUUCUCGGCUGCUAGAUCGACUGUCCAUCGUUUCUUUUAAAAAAAUUCCACCUUCAAUCCGUCAGAGGCAGCUCCACCGUGAGCUCUUCUUGAUGGCCUCUGUCUUCUUCCGUCGACCUUGGGUUCUGCAGAUUUCUCGACGGCAUCUGCUCGAUCGCCACUUCGCUCUUCCACUGGCCUUCUUCGACAAUGGGUGAAAUCAUCCGACAAUUGUAGUGUUCGGUCGCUGGCUCGCUCUUCCAUUGGCCACCUCCUUCUGGUUUCUCCAUGGAGGCUUUCGAGUUCUUCUUCCACAGUUUUUCCUUCCCCGGCUGUGGGUGGAACUAUCCGGCAGUGGAGGGUUGCUCCAGUUGCUGUUGCAACACAUCCAGUCGCCUCGACGGCUCCACUGAUGUCAGCAAAAGAGCUUUCUUUGGAAGGUUGAGUCUCUCACUGAAAAGGUCACCUUCCUCCAAGAAUUUGUCGAAGUGUAUAAUCCUCGUCUUGACUACAGCAAAGAAGCUGAUCCAUUGGAGAUUCGCAUUGUAGAUGCAGCUUAUGAAGCCGAAGACAUAAUCGAAUCCCAUAUUGUGGAUCAAAUCGAAACUGAUGGAGUAAACAUCAGCUCUGACUCCCUGUAUGAAGCUCCUGAGAAGGUGAUCGGAGAUAUGGAUUUGAUCAAGAAGGAAGCCAUGGAAAUCGGCCAUAUGCACAACAAGUCAACGCCCUCAGAUUCUUCAAAGUCUUCCCCCGUUGCCAAGGAGAGUGUUAUGGUGGGUGCUGAUGAUCUCUUGCUUGAAAUGAAGGUUAAGCUCACUUCACAUCUCUGUGAUCUACAGAUUAUUCGGAUCGUAGGAAUGGGCGGAUCUGGUAAGACCACUCUUGCUCUGAACAUUUAUCAAGACCUUCUUAUUAAGGAUUAUUUUGAUAUUUGUGCUUGGGCUACCAUAUCUCAAGACUAUAGCAUUCAAGAAGUGCAUAUACAUAUUCCUGGCAAGUUAGAUUUAAAAGUUGGUCAAAAUUUGGGUGUGGAUGCCUUAGGGGAAACCUUGUAUAAACACCUAUAUGGUAGAAGAUACUUAAUUGUACUUGAUGAUAUGUGGAGUAUCGAGGCGUGGGAUGGGAUUAGGAGGUUUUUACCGGAUAACAAAAAUGGUAGCAGAAUAGUGGUGACGACUAGGCUAUCAAACUUGGGUUCUGAUUUAUCCAAAUCUAAGAGCCUUGAGAUGAGUCUUUUGAAUGAGGUUGAUAGUUGGGACCUGCUCUUAAAAACUGCAUUUGGAGAACAAGGUUGCCCAUUGGAAUUGGAGGAAAUUGGGAAGAGAAUAGGUAAAAGUUGCAAAGGACUUCCGUUGUCAAUUGUUGUGAUUGGAGGACUUUUGGCAAAAUCCAAUCAUACAAUAGAGUUUUGGGAGUCCAUAGAGGAAAACUUGAGUUCAAUAGUGAAUUCAGAGGAUGAUGAAUUGUAUUUAAGAAUAUUACACAUGAGCUAUAAGCAACUUCCGGUUUAUUUGAAACCAUGCUUUCUCUAUAUGGGAGUUUUUCGUGAAGAUAUGGUGAUUCGUAGAUCAAUGCUCGUUAAUCUAUGGGUUGCUGAAGGAUUUCUAAGACCAAAAAGUGGGAAAAGCUUGGAAGAGAUAGCCAACGUGUGUUUGAAGGAGCUUGUUGAUAGAAAUCUUGUUUUAGUUGAUAAGAUUGGGAUUAAUGGGGAGAUAAAAUGUUGCAAGAUUCAUGAUUUAUUGAGAGAUUUGUGUAUGCGAGAAGCUGAAAAGGAAAUGUUUUAUCAUGUCGUGAGACAUGAUCUUGUAGAAAGUAAUAGCGAACAUCGAGUUGUUUUUCCUAGGUUGUUUACAUUUGAAAUAUUGGGAUCUUUUUCACAUGCUCGUUCCAUAAUAAGUCAAGAUUACGGCUAUGGAGAUGGUCGACUGCCUUGUAAUGUUAGUGGGUGAGGAUAUUCAAAGCAUAUUGUGGAGAUACUUAUUAUGGUCAUUUCUUGGAAGAUGUGUUUGAAUUGGUGAACUCACGAUACCUUGAAGUCAAUGUUCACUGGGAUUCCAUAUUCCCUA